AUGAAGAAGCUACGCGUGGGCUUUCUCAAGCGAACACACAGCAGCGAUGCUACUUCUCACACAUACACUCCGCCGCCUAUCGAUUCUCCCGAAGCAAAUGCCACCAGUGCCAUUCGACAACAGCAAGUGCUGCACCUACCCGUCAUUGUCGAAGCCGCCGAGUCGUCACCACAAGCUGCAGCCGCUGCAGCCUACCAGAUCCGCAAAUGCCUAUCCAAAGACAACAAGUCGAGGGUCCAGUACAAUGCCAUCAUGCUGAUUCGCAUCCUGGCCGACAACCCUGGGCCAUCAUUUACCCGCAACAUUGACGACAAGUUUGUCUCGACAGUCAAAGAACUGGUUAAGCACGGAAGAGACCCAAGCGUUCAACAAAUGAUGAGAGAAACCUUGGACUCGUUAGAGGCAACAAAGAGCUAUGACAACGGAUUGUACGACCUGCUGGCCAUGUGGCGCCGCAUCAAGGGAAACGAUGCUCGCAUUCUUCCGCAGGGCGCAUAUCGCCAGAAUGCCCCUCCUAUACCACAACACCCCGUCGCACACAAUCGACAACCAAACACACUUCCGACACCACAGGAACUUGCUUCGCGCGUCGAAGAGGCCAGGAAUACCGCUAAGAUCUUGCUCCAGCUGCUUCAGAGUACUCCCNCCGAGCAAAUCCUCAAUCAAGAUUUGAUCAAGGAAUUCUCGGAUCGAUGUCUGUCCGCCCAGCGCAGUAUGCAGGAGUAUAUCAGCUGCACAGCGCCCCCUCCCGACGAUGAUACUCUGCAGACACUUAUCGAGACAAACGAACAACUCAGUCUGGCCAUUAGUAGACACCAGCGUGCUGUUCUCCAAGCUCGACGAAUACUUGGUCAAUCUCCUUCUCCUGCUCUCGGACCCAACAACCCCUUUGCUCCUCCAGCUCAGCCUCAAACUGCUCUUCAACAACAACCUUCAUCCCUCCUGGACUCGACAAAUCCAUAUAACACAUAUUCGCCAGUAUCACCUGUUGACAAUACCUUUUCCGCUCCGCCAGGGCCGCCACCAGGUCAUGCUUUAGCUGCACCACUGACUCCGAACGAUCCAUUCGCUGACCCUGUGGAACCGACACACAAUCACGAUUUGGAUUACACGAGUCAUCCUCAGGAGCCGCGCAACUAUGGUCCCAGUGUAGACACCAACCCACGGCCAGCAUACGGUGGGGUUACAGAAAGUUAUAUGGGCCGUCAGUAUAGUGCUGCAAACGGCCUUACCAUGCACGGUGGUGUAGACACAAGCACGACUGAGGACGUCAGUCCCGUUGAGCAGACACACACGCAAAGAGAAGUCAGGUAUAGAUACUAA